CUAUGGGACUUUACCGAUCUUGAUUUCUCAACUCAUCACUCAACUUUUUUCCACCUUCCUCUCUGUGUCUGUCUCUCUGCCAUUUAGCUUCCGCCGACACAACCCCUCCUUCACGACGUUCGCUUUCGUCAUUGUUCUCAUUCGAGCUCUGUGAAGACGACACCACACACAGACGGGCCACACAAACACACACACGCACGCACACAAUGGCGUCGAGCUUGCGCUCUUCCACGACGACGCUGGCCUCUGCGCUGCGGCCGGCCGCCGGCAGACGGGCGCAGCAGAACCUCCCGCGGGUGGCCCGCCGAUACAAGUCCGGGCCCUACGGCUACACCCAGGCCAAGGCCCUUGUCUUCUCCAAGGAGGGCGAGCCCAGCGACGUCCUGCAGCUGCACACACACUCCAUCUCCCCCUCGAUCCCCUCCUCGGCCGUGCUCCUACGCGCCCUCGCCGCCCCGAUCAACCCGGCCGACAUCAACACCGUCCAGGGCACAUACGGCGCCAAGCCGCCCUUCACCCAGCUCAUCGGCACCCCGGAGCCCGCCGCCGUCCCCGGCAACGAGGGCGUCUUCGAGGUUGUCUCCGUCGGCUCCGAAGCGGGAGCCGGCGACGGUGGCCUGCGCAAGGGCGACUGGGUCAUCCCCUCAGCCAGCUCCUUCGGCACCUGGCGCACCCACGCCGUCGCUGACGCCAAGGACGUCAUGAAGGUCUCCCGCGAGGGCCUCACCCCGACCCAGGUCGCCACCGUCAGCGUCAACCCCUGCACCGCCUACCGCAUCCUGCGCACCUACGGGCCCGGCGAGGUGCGCGCGGGCGCGAACCCGGGCGCCAUGCGCGCCCUCGACCCGGGCAGCGGCGCCUGGUUCGUCCAGAACGGCGCCAACAGCGGCGUCGGCCGCGCCGCCAUCCAGCUCGGGAAGCUGUGGGGCCUGCGCAGCAUCAACGUCGUGCGCGAGCGCGCGACCGAGGCCGAGACGGCGGACCUCAAGAAGGAGCUGGCGGACCUCGGCGCCGACGUCGUCGUGACGGAGAAGGAGUUCCUGGCGCGCGAGUGGCGCGACCGCCUCGCGGAGCUCACGCGCGGCGGGCGCGAGACGGUCGGGCUCGGCCUCAACUGCGUGGGCGGCAAGUCGGCGACGGCGGUGGCGCGCAGCCUCGGCGACGGCGGCACCAUGGUCUCGUACGGCGGCAUGGCGCGCCAGCCCGUGAUGCUGCCGACGGGCCUGCUCAUCUUCAAGGACGUGCGCUUCGUCGGCUUCUGGCUGAGCCGCUGGAACGAGCGCGACCCCCAGGGCCGCCGCUUCGCCAUCGAGGACGUGCUGGGCAUGAUCCGCGAGGGCCGCUUCCGCGACGUCCCCGUCGAGGAGGUGCCGUGGGGCUGGGACACGGAGGAGGCGCGGCUGAAGGAGGCCGUACAGGGCGCGCUCGGCGGGUUCCGGAAGGGCAAGGGCGUCUUUGUCUUUGGGGAGACGUGAGUUCAAAAUAAUAAAAAAGAUGGGUGGUGAUGAUGGUGGUGAGUUGAUGUAAGAUACGGGGAUAUAGAUGAGCCCGAAUGGCAAACUUUCAUGACCAGAUCGAAUAUAGACGAAGCCGAAAGAUUCUUUGACCUCUUCGUCCCUCCAUUCCCUCCCGGAUACCCAUUGCAAGAUGGAAAGAAAAGCAUUUCAAUCAUCACGACUCACGUGUCUCCACGCAGAUGGGGAAACAAAUUUUCUACGUAUUUGAUAUACCAGCCAGCCAGCCAUGCAUGCUCUUUGCUCCGUUUCCCUUCGCAGCAGCACCUCUUGCUCACUCACACC